UUGAGAAGCGGCCAGGAGGAGCUUUUGAGGCUGCAGAGAUGUGGGAGAUACAAGUGGAUCGGGUUUUUAUCAGUCUCAUUGAGACCUACCUCUGCUAUCAUGUGUUUGACCCAAAACAAGUCAAAAUGCUACAGCAGGACGUCUGUUCUGUAACCGAUGAUAUCAAAGUGUACAGAGAGAUCGGUUAUUCUGUGGUUGUGGGGGAAACUGAGGCUGUGAAGGAGAUGAUCGCAAACCUGGAGAAGAGCCUGCCUACCUGGAGGGAACUGCCAAUUGUGGACAAGAAAUUCAAACUGGUAGAGGCAGAGUUAGUUCGGGAAAUGUCUACGCAUUACCCAGAAGUUAAAAUCCGCAGACGUAGUAACAUGCUCGUCAUGGAGGGAGUUGACAAGGAGGUGCAGUCUGGGGCUACAAAACUUGAUGAACUGAUGAAGAAGGUGUUGGUAAAAAGAGUUUCUCUCCCUUUGGAUUUGAUAGCCUUCAUAAAAUCUAGCGGCGCAAUCUCCAAGUACGAGACUCGCUUCCAGCAGAGCUUGAGAAAUCCUGUUUCCCUGGAGGUGGAGUCGGAUCUGGUUUUGUCCAGUUUGUCCUCUGAAGCCAUGGACGAGGCUGAAGCAGCAGUGAAGAGAGACCUGACUGUGAAGACUGUGAAGCUGCAGGGCGCUGCAGCUGGAACCCCAGAUCUGGGCCGAGUAAAGGAAAUCCUCAGCGCAUCCAAGAACGUAGCAAACUGUCGAGAAUUCAGAGUGGAUGUGAGCUUCAUCCCAGGUGGAACCACAAUGAUGGAAGCUCGACUGGUGGGCUACAGUGAAAAUGUGAACAGGCUGCAGGAGGUUCUUUGUGACUACCAGACGAACCAGGCCCACAUACAACAAGAUGUGAACCUACCGUAUCCUGAACUGGUUGACUGUUUGGAUGAAUUUUUUGUCCUGAUUGGCUUGAAACAGACAAACGUGACGACAGAAACCUCAACUUCCCCACGUCCUCGUGUGCUUCUGUCCGGUCCCCGUUGUCACGUGGAGGAGGCGCAGCAGGCCCUAAACUCAGCUCUGUCCUGCCUGACAUCAGACACACUAGUCCUAGACGGACCAGGGGCUCAGAAGUACUUUCAGGCAGAGGGAAAAAUAAGCAAAGAUUUCAUACAGAGUUCCUGUCAGGUCCUUAUCAGGGAACGUCGAGGUGUGAACUCCCCGGAUGUACCAAUUAACUCACUGAGCAUCAGCAGCCCAGUCCCCAGCUUCACACCCAGGCCUUCCCUCACCAGACUGAGCAACAGCCCUGUCGAGAACAUUGCAGCUAACAAAACAAACCUGAAGAUAAAAAUUGGCUCUUUGGAGGAUCAACAGGUGAACGUGUUGGUGGUUCCCAUGCUCAAAAAACAGCUGACUUCAACUAAAAUGGGCAGCGAUCUGGUGACUAAAGCAGGGAACACAAUGCAGCCGAAGUUUGACUCCGCUGCUGCAAAUUGUAUCGUCAACCCUGGAGAUGUCCUGCAGGUCACCGGGCCUGCAUCUCUUGGCUGCACCAAGCUCUUCUUCAUUGAGUGUUUGCCCUGGGAUGGGGUCAGAGGCCAGAGUGUGCAGGCUCUGAAAAAUGGGCUGAAGAGAUGUUUGGACCUCUGUGUGCAGCAGGAAUUGAGUUCAGUCGCGUUUCCUGUGAUUGGACCUGGACUUGUGUUAAAAUUCCCGCUCUCUGCCGCCAUUGAAGCUCUAACUGACAGCAUUUGCCAUUUUGGAUCAUCGAGACUCAACGGUUCACUCUCCACCAUUCAUGUCGUCGUUAAACCUGGUUAUCCAGACUCUGAGGAGUGCUACCAUGAUGUCUACAGACACCUCAGCUUAAAUGUGAACCAGGGAGGCCAAGUACACUUCGGACCCCUCAUCAGUGACCUCGAUGACGUCACUGUGACGGUCGGAGCUGGGGUCAGACUACACGUGGUGUUCGGUGACAUCACUAAUGAGACUACAGAUGCAAUUGUGAACUCGACCGACUUCCAGAAUUUUCCCGACGUUGGUGUUUGCAAAGACAUUCUAACUGUAGCUGGACCAUUGGUGACGGCCAACGUCAAAGCAGCGCAAGUGAUGAGAGGAAAAUUUUUUCAGACUGAGCCUGGCUCAUUCCCUUGCAAAGCCAUUUUACAUGUGAAUGGGCAAAGAGACGCAGGCGUCAUUGGGAGUCUGGUGUGCAACAUGAUCCUACAUUGUGAGUCCUCUGGAUACAAGUCCAUAGCCAUUCCUGCCAUCUGUGCCGGACAAGGUAAGAUGGAUGCUGCUGUCGUAGCACAGGCUAUUCUCCAAGGAGUCAAAACUGCUGCAUCGCUCGCUCCCCUACGCUGCGUCACUGACAUCCGCCUCAUCCUGAUUAAGAUCAAAGUCUUCUUGCCUUUCAAAGAGGAGGCGACGCAGGUGUUUCCCACUGAUGUGCUCAACAGAGUGACAGUGCCUCAACAAAACAAUCCACAAAGCUCCGUGACCCCAAACCCAAGUAUCCUCCGUACCAGCUUCAAGAAUCAGCAGUCUGGCUUCCUGUUCCUGGGUCUUUCUAGUACGGACAUCAGAAAGGCCAUGACGGAGCUGAAGCAACUGUAUCAGUCUCAGUGCUUCACACAUACCUUCACGGCCGAGGAGGUGGGAAGCCUCUCGGCGGACAACAUAAUGUGUCUGGAGAAGCUGGUGGAGAUGGAGGGUCUGCUCAUUCAGUCUGACCAGGGCAGCAUGACUGUGAGCGGGUUAAAAGAUGGGGUGAACCAUGUGAUGCAGUUAAUUAACGUGUCUCUGCACGACAACCUCAGGAGACAGGUAAGAGUAAGGGAGGAGGAGGAUUUGCACACUCGUGUGGCCUGGUGCAUCCUGGGAAGUAACGGCUACUGGGAGAGACUCCCCAAAACAGCCAAUCACAAUCUGGAACAUAACAACAUAGCAGGAGGCAUAAUGGAUGCACAGAACAACCGGUGGACUGUGGAUCUACAGAGGAUGGAGGCCACAGGACCGCAGAUAAGAAAAUUAAAACGACUUGAGAACCUGCCGGACUUCACUCUCCCACUGAACUGGGACAGCAUGGCUGCUGGGGAGGUCAUGAAGGUGGUUACUCUGCUGACGUCCUCCGCAGAGUACCGAUCAGUGAAGGAGGCUUUCACACGAACUGCCCCCAAAACCAUAAUGAAGAUCGAGCGUUUGCAGAAUGUCCACCUGCGUCGGGCCUAUGAAGCACAGAAGAAACGCAUUUCUGAUAAGAAUGCAGACGUGGGCGGUGCAUGUGAAAAGCUUCUGUACCACGGGACGACCCAGGACAACUGUGACGCCAUCAUGAAAACAGGGUUCAACCGAAGAUUUGCUGGACAAAACGCAACUUCGUAUGGUCAUGGGACCUACUUUGCAGUAAACGCCAACUACUCAGCCCACCCCACCUACGCCAAGCCAAACGCCGUGGGCUCACAACUAAUUUUUGUGGCUCGAGUCCUGACGGGCAUCUACACUGAGGGCAAAAGUGAAAUGAAGGUGCCUCCUCCACGCGACAGCCAGCAGCCACAUGACCGCUACGACAGCGUGGUGGAUAGAAUGAACAACCCCAGCAUGUACGUUGUGUUCCAUGACAACCAAGCAUACCCGGACUACCUCAUCACCUUCAAAUGACUGCGAGGGAAAGUUUUUGCAUUUUGCAUUUUUUAACUGUAGAAUAAUGAGCAAGUUCAGAAAAAAGUAAAAUAGUUUGCAAGUAAAUUUAGAUCAGAUUUAAAGGUCCAGUAGGUGAAAGGAAUCUAUUGGCAGAAAUCGAAUGCAGAAUAAUUCUCAUGAUGUUUUCACUUGUUCAUUUCAUCUAAAUUACUAUGUUUAGAAGGAAAGGGUGAGGUGAGGGCUGUUCAGCUGCAACACGCAACUUGAUAUCAUUAAAUUCUAUGCACUUUAUCUUUAAGCUGCUUCUUGGACAUUUUCCUGAAAUUCUCUGCAGAACACAAAUGUUCGACAUGUCUGUUUCUCUGGACAUUUUACGGAACAUUUCCUGCCAUUCCAAAGUAAAAGCUCUGAGUGAACCAAGAGUUCUUCAGCUGCUACAAUAAACUGUGCCUUGUUUUUUGAGAUGAGUGAUGA